AGAGUUGGGGAGGGGUUGUCUGGGCGCUGUGCUGGGCAGGAAGGGGCGGCCUCUCUUCUGGCAGGAAAUUGUGCUCUACGGCAAAGAAGGAGGAGACUGUGGCAGCAGCGGCUGGUGAGAGCCUGAUGUGGCAGAGAGACCGUGGACGCCGCUGCCAAGAGAGAGCUGAGGGUCCGCGAGCCGAGUGCAGGAGAGACAGCAGCCAUCCUGUUCGUCCUCCCCGCCUAAGGAUCCCUCUCAGCUCAUGCAAGCACCUGGCUAGUGUUCUGCUGAUCCUCCUUCGACUGAGGCUCACAGCGGAGGCAGCUGCGAGGUGUCCUAUUUGAGCACGCAUGAAGACCCCGUUUGGAAAGGCAGCUGCAGGGCAUCGGUCCAGGACAAGCGCAGGACAUGCCAGCGUGUCUGUUGCAGUGAUGAAAAGAAAAGCUGCACAGAAGAAGCACAGGAGCAGACCCACCUCCCAGCCUCAGAGGAACAUCGUGGGCUGCAGAAUUCGGCACGGAUGGAAAGAUGGAGAUGAACCUCUAACACAGUGGAAGGGAACCGUUCUGGAUCAGGUACCUGUAAAUCCCUCUCUGUAUCUUAUCAAAUAUGAUGGAUUUGACUGUGUUUAUGGAUUGGAACUUCACAGAGAUGAAAGAGUGUCAUCACUUGAAGUCCUUCCUAAUAGAAUUGCAUCAUCUAGAAUCAGUGAUACACACUUAACAGAAAUUAUAAUUGGCAAAGCAGUGGAACAUAUUUUUGAAACAGAGGAAGGUUCCAAAAAUGAAUGGAGGGGGAUGGUCUUAGCUCAGGCACCUGUCAUGAACACAUGGUUUUACAUUACCUAUGAGAAAGAUCCUGUAUUAUAUAUGUACCAGCUCUUAGAUGAUUAUAAAGAUGGUGACUUACGCAUCCUUCCAGAUUCCAGUGAUUCUCCUCUUGCAGAGAGGGAGCCAGGAGAAGUCAUAGACAGCCUAGUAGGGAAGCAGGUGGAAUAUGCCAAAGAGGAUGGCUCCAAGAGAACUGGCAUGGUCAUUCAUCAGGUGGAAGCAAAACCUUCUGUGUACUUUAUCAAAUUUGAUGAUGAUUUCCACAUUUAUGUUUACGAUUUGGUAAAAACAUCUUAGAGAUCAUUUUGAAAUUUGCCAAAUAUGUGAGACUAUUUGUAAAAUCUGUACACACAAAAAGUAUUGAAUGCUUUACAAUUUGUAAGAACUAUCUUUAUUUUUUCAUGCUUUUGCCUGGCAAAAAAAUUGAAACUUCCACCGUCUCAAAUAUUUUUGGAAGAAACUUUUUGCCCUUCUCUCCAACCUUUUUACUGGUUUCUUCCCACAGUAAAAUUAUUGACUUAUCUAAUUAAUAAGAAGGGUAAAGUCUGACAUCUACUGACCUAUAUGUUUUCUUGAGUGGUGUUAAUAAAGGUAACUGAACACCUCUUGGCUCAUUCUUUUGAGCAUUUUGACAAUCUGCACUCACUAAAAUAUGAAGCUUCCUGAGAUAUUCAGUGUGGGUUGCUAUGUAAAUGUUUUUGUAACCUCAACCUUAGGUGACUUCAAAAGUCUAAUUGAGGAGUAAAAGUGGGAAGCUCAUUUUGGUCUCCUGUCCAAGUUGCAUUUUAAAUUAUAAGUGUGCUAAAAGUAAGGCUAACGUUUUGUUCCCUUUCUGAUUCUUGUACUUACUGCUCAACUUGUUCAAAAUCAAGAUGGUAAUUAUUUUAAUUUUAGUAUGUAAGCAAACUUAUAAGACUGAUAAGAGGCCACACAUGUUAUCAAUGGCAUUAGGAUCCCUGUUUUCUGCAAUAGCUUUGGCUGGUACCUGCAGACAUGGAAUGGGUUUUUACAGACACAGGCUGUGCAGACAGACUUUAGCACAGCUGGGUUUUUACAGCCCAAUGGAGUAUUAGGUUGGGCUCUACCUAGAGUCCUCAGUCACAGGUGAAGGUUAGGUUUAGCAAGUGUUGUCAGGUCUGUCAAGGUAAAAGAGCAAAAAUUUGGAAUCAGGUUGAGAUACAGAUUUCUUUUCUACACCAAGAGAGACUCUGAAAAAUUUUAGAUUAGAUUUUCAUUUUAUUUUUAGAUGACUUCUGUGUCCCAGCAUAUGAGAUAGACAAGACACUUGCUAGAAUUAAGAAAGGCUGAAAAUAGGCUGUGCUUCCUUGUAGGAACUGGUGAGUUCAUUUAUUAUGGUGUAUCAGCAGAACUGUGGAACACAUAGGUUAGAAUCAAUGCUAAAUGAUCAAUAGGCUUUAAUGAUGUUCUAAGUGUGUAAUGAUGUUUUAAAUCCUCGCAUUGUUAGAUAGAAAUUUAAUAUCUGUUAGUGUUUUGUUUUUCAACUUUAUCCUGUUUCUUUGCUGGAACUGAGAAACUCAUAUGCAGAUAAGGGUGAGCCUGCUUCAGCAGAAAAAUAAGUAAUGGAAUGGGCAUUGUACCUUCCAUUAUUGAAGACAUUAGUGAAGAUUAACCAAAGCCUUGGAAAGAAAUGUUGAAAAAUAAGCAAAGAUUUUGGAGAGAAGCACCAGGCCAAAGCUAGUGCUUUCUUAUUGGGUUUCUGAUAGAAGCUCCAUUGUCAGUAACAGGCUUUGAACUUCUGCAGAUUUAGGGCCAAGACAGUAUAAUCAACCACUUGGGAAAUAUCUUUCAAAUUAAUUUAAGUUCACAGAUCGUAGAGUCCAGACUACUGGAAGAGACAGACUGUCAUCCUGCUGAGGAUGAAUCCAAGAAGGCAUUCUCUUCUCCCAUGUUUUCUCUGUCUACUUUUCUUCCUUUUGACACCACCAAGUCUCUGCUCAGAUAUUUGACUGACAAUAGCAAUGUGGGUCUGUAUUACUCUAUGUACUAAAUCUUGGGGACAUAAAUUUGCUUGAGAUACCUAUUUUAGAGGCUGAGGAUUAGUAUUUUCUAACUUUUUGGAUGUGAGGCUGAUACUUUGAUAAUAUUAUGUCCUGCUGACCCUGUGGACUCUUGAUGUAUGACAUGUAUGUAUGACAUGCAGUUGUGGGGUUAGAUUAAUUCAACUCCUGAAGUUUUGAAGCAACCACACGAAAUCAAGAGGAAGACAGCCCAGGCUACAGCUACUGAAGGAACCCCAUGUCUGUCCAGACGUCUUUGUGAGAUCUAUAUAGCUGACCUCAGAAAAGCAAGAAAUUGGAGUUCCCGUCGUGGCGCAGCGGUUAACGAAUCCAACUAGGAACCAUGAGGUUGCGGGUUCGAUCCCUGCCCCUGCUCAGUGGGUUAACGAUCUGGUGUUGCCGUGAGCUGUGGUGUAGGUUGCAGACGCGGCUCGGAUCCCGCGUUGCUGUGGUCUGGCGUAGGCCAGUGGCUACAGCUCCGAUUAGACCCCUAGCCUGGGAACCUCCAUAUGCCACGGGAGUGGCCCCCAAAAAUAGCAAAAAGACAAAAAAAAAAAGAAAAGCAAGAAAUUGAGAAAGGCAGAAUUUCGGACUUUAAUUCCUUUGGACUUUAAAAUAGAAAUUUAAUUUGGGACAUUCAUUUUUCUUUUGGAGUUUAAUAGUGGCAUGGCUUUCAUACAGUUCAAAUUAAGUCAUUUUCAUUAUGUUGUUGAUAUUGUAUCAUUUGGAGUAUUUUAAUGCUACCUUUGGGGCUUAUUUAUAAUCUUUGUAAUCAAUGUCAGAUAAUGUGGCUGGACAUAAUUACAAACUGGGGAUAAAGUAGUGAGUGAAUUUUCAUCCUGGAGUACAAUGUAGCCCUGGAUUUAAUUUAAUUACUAUUCUGUUCUGACUUACAGAGCCUUCUGGGGCAAAAACAGAACUGCUCACCAGUCUUACACAAGGGAGAGCAGGAUAUUCCUAUAAUACUGCUGGCGUUUUCCAAGGGGAAGAGCCAAGCCCUGUUUGUCUUGGGUUUUGGCAGUGUAACUUAAGAGAAAAAAUGCCCAAAGGUAUGAUAGAAUCUUUCCUCGCCUCACUCCAUGUUCCUGACUCAAGGAAAAAAAAAAAGGAUUUAUACCUUUCAAAAAUAUUUGGAAGAAAAUUUCUACACAUCUUCACCAGCCACUCAUUCAGUCUCCCCAGUGGAGAAGAAAUAACUUGGGGAAAUUCAGAAGAGGGUUAUUAUGGAUAUGCAACCUAAGGCCCCCUUGUCUCUUGGGCUCACUUUCACAGCAAGGUAUAGGAAAGACUACAGUCCUUCACUACAUGGCUAGGUAAACCUACUCUAUAGACCUCUCUGUCCCUCUGGGAUGGGGGGCCCAUUGUCUUUAAACUUGAAGUAAAAGUUUAUUUCAGACUUAGGUCCAAAACGUGUUCUCCAGUCUAGAUCUUUCAAGAAUAAAGCUGGUAUCUAUUUUUAUUCUUUUUAAAAAUUUAACAUAUAAGUAAUUUUUGGACAAAAACACAGGCCUCUGGUAAAAAUCAAACAGUACACCUGCUGAAUAGCAUUGAGAACUAUGUCUAGAUACUCAUGUUGCAACAGAAGAAAGGGUGGGGGAAAAACUGUAAUUGCAAUGUAUACAUGUAAGGAUAACCUGACCCCCUUGCUAUACAGUGGGAAAAUAAAAAAAAAUGUCCUUCAACAUAUAAAUGGACAAACCUGUGGUACAUCCAUAUAAUGAGAUAUUAUGUAGAAAUAAAAAAGCAACGAACUAUUGAUACUUUAAAAAAAAAAA